UGCCGUCUCGUCGCUGCCUCGGCUAUGGCAAGUGUGAAAUAGAGGCUGAGGAAGUGCGAGGAAAACUUUUGUACGUGUAGGCUUUUAUUUAUCUUUGGAGUUCGGUCCUACUUUGCGCUCAAACCGACUAGCGUUGCUCGAGAGUUAUUCCCGGUGCGCAUUGAGAUAUUUCCUGACUGUACUUCGUCCGCCUUCAACGAGCUGAAGUUUGUUUCCACUUCGAGUGACGCGACUAACAAAAACAAAGAGUAACUAUGAGCAACAGAGAAGACGAAUAUGAUUAUCUCUUCAAAGUGGUGUUGAUCGGAGAUUCUGGCGUAGGAAAGAGCAACCUGCUGUCUCGCUUCACGAGGAAUGAGUUCAACCUCGAGAGCAAGAGCACCAUCGGGGUGGAGUUCGCCACGCGCAGCAUCCAGGUGGAAGGGAAGACCAUCAAAGCUCAGAUCUGGGAUACAGCUGGACAGGAGCGAUAUCGCGCUAUCACUUCUGCGUAUUAUCGCGGAGCAGUGGGCGCCCUCCUAGUUUAUGACAUCGCCAAGCACCUGACGUACGAAAACGCAGAACGCUGGCUGAAGGAGCUGCAGGACCAUGCAGACAGCAACAUUGUCAUCAUGCUGGUUGGAAACAAAAGUGAUCUGCGCCACCUCAGGGCCGUACCGACAGAUGAGGCCAAGGCUUUUGCAGAAAAACAUGGACUUUCUUUCCUGGAAACAUCAGCAUUAGAUUCAUCCAAUGUUGAGCUGGCUUUCCAAACCAUUCUCACAGCCAUCUACCGCAUCGUGUCACAGAGGCAGAUGUCAGGACGGAGCGACUCCGACUUCUCGCCGGCUUCCAAUGUAGUGCCCAUCACGGUGGAGCCCACCCAAAACUCAAGCAACAAGGGAGUGUGCUGCCAGAGCAACUAAGACCCCUGCGCUGAUCCCAGCCGUGCAGUCAGUGAGACAGGCAGGUUGACAGAAGAGUUAAAGAGGCAGGUAGCCGUUUCACACAAGGACACAAGUUUCCAUCGUCUAGUUAAGAAAGUCCAAAGGGUUUUGGAAAACGGUUGUGUUAACAGUUGAAAUCAAUCAGGCGAAUGCACUUUUCCCUUUCCAUUAGCUUUUUUUCAUUGCUUUUUUAAUAUCAGCCUCUAACGGUGGUUCAUGAUCAGAGCCCAGUCACAGUAUAAUGAAAACUAUUUAAGGUCACUUUUGUAUCCCAUCUCUGUCUCUGCACACUGUCCUCCAUUUUUACAGGCUAGUAAAUGCUUCCCCUCAGUUCCACAUGAUCAGUUAUUGAGCAAUAAAAGCCCACAGCCCAAAGACUGAACAGUGUCCCCUCUGUCACCACCGUCAUUUCUAUCCUUUCUUCAGGAUUCUACAUGGGCAAACCAUGUCCUUUGCUGUAUUUAUUGAACACUAUAUUGUUAAUGGGUUUGAACACUGGUUGAUUUAGAAUUCUUAUUAGCGGGAAAGCCACUGCUUUUUGAUGAUUUUGUUUUGUGUGUACCCAGAAUCUCUGAUCAUACGCCGACUUAUUUAUAGGGGUAACUACCACUCAGUCAUGGAGGAUUUGAGUCAUCUCCUAAAAGCACGUAGUGGAAUUUUUGUGGGAGCUGCUCAAAGCAACUACAUCCCUCUGGAAAAGUGACACGAAUAUAUUUGAUCUCUUUUUUUUUGGGGGGGGGGGUAGGCUUUCCUGCUCACCACACACUUUGUCGUCCACAAAUGAAUCAUGCUCUUGCAGGAUUGCAGUGUUAACUGAAAUCACUGCAUCACUGGUAGAUGGGUUAACUGCCUCACAUCAUACUGGCUCUGCAGAUGACUGCUUCACCCCUACCGCUCACAUUUUUGGCUGUAGUGGGAGAAAAGAAGUGGUUUAAUGCACCGACAGUCCUGUGCUGCUGCUGCUGCUGCUGCUAGCAGGGAUAGAUGGAUAAUAUUUCAAGGGAUGAGCUAGUGAAGGCACUCAGCCCUUCCCUGCUCCUGUGGUCUCUGAUGCACCCAAGAUGGCUUAUUUUACUGUAAGUGAAAUCCUCCACUGCCUUCUCGCCGUCUCUCUUCGCACAGUAUGUAACUGGAACUUUGCCUAUUGGGAUCUCCAGGUCUGCCCUCGCUGUCACUUGCCACUUGCUGGGAUGGGGCGGGGGUUGGAUUCAGCAGCCAGGAUUGGGGAUAUUAGCAUCUGUUAGUAAGAGGAGUGGAGGGAAAUAAUCUGAGGUUAUACACACACACACAGGUGGCGUUUAAAUGCUGACGCACUUCUGAAUCAGCGACGACUUCUGUCACAGGUCUUAAUAUGGGUGUAGUGGGUGUCUGUAUUUGCAAACUUUUUAAUCUAAUAUAUAUAUGUAUAUUUGGACUGCAUAUGUAUAAAUAAAUUCCAUUUGUUAU